UAUUAAAACAUUUGAAUGCACCAAGACAAUCAAAGUAUCUGCUCAUCCAUUACCAAGGACAAGCUUGGUACCUACACUUUGAUUGGGGCAAAAAGAGAACCCAAAGUAGGCACGACAGUUACAGCAUGGAAACCCCCUCAGCACUCCUCUGAAUAUACGCCUGCCACGUCGGACAAAAGCAGCCGUGGAUGCAGAGAUUCAGAAGCAAGGGUGGGGAUGAAGGGUGAAGGGGAAAGGGGUGGGGAAGAUAGGCCGGGCGAGUUGGCUCACCCGUCUCGCAUCUCCCGCGCCCCCCUUAUCCUCCUCCUCCCCCUCUGUCUUCCUUCACUCUCUUAUCUUCUACAUAACCAUUGUUGCUACACUCACUCCUGUGAUCUAUCACAGGAUUUAGGGUUUCUCUUCCGUCUUCUCUUACUAUUCCUGCUUUGUUACUUCGAGUUCGAAUCAAUGGCGACCGCAAGGAUGAGCGUGGCUGUGGCCAGCGCGCGGCUCGCCGUUGUUUCGGCUCGGUCUGAGACGAGUUCGAGUCGGAAUGGGUCUGUCGUGAGCUUGGGAGAGAACAGGACCCGUGCUUCCAUUUCGUGCUCUUUCUCUGGAUUCUCUGCGGUUAGGAGGAAUGUCGUCAUUGUUAAUUCUUACGCUGAGGGUGGCUCGGCCGAUGUUGCGACUGAUGUUGCUGACGCUCCCGCUGCUGUUGAGGAGGCUGCGACUCCGGCACCUCAGGUUGGAACCAAGCUCUACAUUGGGAACUUGCCUUGGCAAUGUGAUAGCGCGCAGCUUGCAGGUAUCUGCCAGGAGUUCGGAAGUGUUGAACUCGUCGAAGUUAUCUAUGACCAAGAGUCAGGAAGGAGUCGGGGUUUCGCGUUUGUGACCAUGGCUACCCAGGAGGAUGCUGAAAAUGUCAUUGAAAGGCUCGACGGGCAUGAUGUCGGGGGAAGGCCCUUGAAGGUCAGCUUUCCUCAGUCGAAGCAGAACAGGCCUAGCUUCCCGAGAGGUGAGGGUUACCAAAGGUCUGAGAGAGCUCCCAGGCCCGCAGCCCGUGAUGACCCCAACAAGGUCUUCGUUGGAAAUCUUUCCUGGGGUGUCGACAACGGUGCCCUUCAGGAGCUCUUUUCAGACUACGGAAAGGUCGUAGACGCUAGGGUUGUAUAUGAUAGGGAAUCAGGAAGAUCACGUGGGUUUGGAUUUGUGACGUAUAGUGAUGUUUCUGAGGUGGACGCGGCCAUUGACAGCCUCGACGGUGCUGAAUUCGACGGAAGAGAACUGAGAGUGAACCUGGCCGGAAACAAGCCCGCAUCAAAGGAUUAUUGAGCGUAGCUUCUCAUAGUAUCUGUAGCCGUUUAUGCCACUUUCGUUCCUCUGUAUCAUUUCAUUAACGUGCGAUAAUCAUGAGGAAGGGUUGCAAGGAGUACCAGAGUAUAUAGUUGAGUAUAAUUGCUAGCUUUAAGGUAGGAGUCGGUGGCUUACCAGAAUCCCCGCAGACGCAGUGAAUACUCUGAGGCUCUACUGUACAACUCCGUUCACAAUUUUUACUAAUUCUUCACCACCGUAACACUUGUUUCGUUC